AUGCAAGGACCGCAAGCUCAACCAUCCGAGGAGGUCAAGAGAUUGAGGACUAUUAUCGAGGCCAAGGAUAGAGAAAACCUGCAACUGAAAGAAUCCGUCAAAGUUCACCAAGAGAGAGCCGAGAAAUACAAGGAGGCCUGUGAGAAGAUGCAAGAAAAACAUCGGGAGUUGAAAAGGAAAUGUGGAGAAUUGUACGAUGAAACUGGACGUGUGAGAAACCCGUACGCCAGAGAAUCUAAGAAUGCUGUAAUAGAUAGGUUAAAGAGGUUCAGUGAUUUUUUGGAUGCUUUGCAAGGACAAGAGAGUAGUAGGAAAAAGCCGCAAUUUAAAAAGAAAGAGGGAGAAGCUGCCUUCAUAUGGGAUCAAAACCCUACACCAAGACCCAAAUUUCAAAAACCAACAUAUUCACCUUAUCCCUACUAUCCAAGUCCUUACCCUGUCUACAAUACCAAUAUCUCGUACCCCCGACCUCGCCCAAAUUAUGCCAACCCGCCUACGGCCUCUUUUCAAGUAUCUCAACCUAACUUUCAACAAACUCGUCCUCGACCUCCUUACCACCAAAGAUUUUUCCCACCAAACAGACCCACCUACAACUAUCCCCAACCUACUGAAACCUACAAUCAAAAUCGUGCUCGAACAUUCACCAACCUUGGCAGGCCUUUGGAUCAGUUGUAUGAGCAAUUAAAGACUGUCGGUAAAAUAGGUGUGAUUCCCCCUCCAACUUACCCGUAUGGCGUGCCAGUUGGGUAUAAUCCACAGGCUACUUGUGCUUAUCAUUCAGGAGCACCUGGUCACUCCACGGCCAAUUGUCGACUCCUUAAACAUAAGGUUCAAGACAUGGUAGAAGCGGGGGAGAUCGUGAUUAGGAAAAGAGAAGAGCAAGAACCGAACGUGAACAAGAACCCCUUGCUGGAGCAUGCUGGUACUAUUGAAGUUAUUAUGGAUGAUGAGGAGUUCAAAAAGUUUGUCCGGAGCAUGUCAAAUGAGAUAGAAGUGUGUGGGAUAAUGGAGCAACCUUUUGUGAUAGAGGGAGCAUCAUAUGAGGAAGACAAAAGGCCCUUCAUUUUAGACCUAACCCCAUCCGAAAGUGCGGCCUUAGAACCUGUGAUAAUUGAAUUCCCAGAACAAGUGCCAGUUUUAAGUUUACGACAAGUGUCAUGGAAUUAUAGUGAGCCCGUUUUGCAAAUCGGAGGCAAACCAGUUUUGAAGGAUGAAGUGUCUGUUGUUACGAGGUCAGGAAAGAUUGCAAGUCCCUCAACUGCUAACGCCCCAAUUCAAGUAAGCAAUCGUGAGCCGACUACCAAACCCGCAGUGACCGAAAGAGAAGCGUGGGAUUUUCUCAAGAGGAUUAAGAGAAGCGAAUACAAUGUGGUCGAACAAUUGAACAAAAUGUCUGCCCAAAUUUUCAUACUGGACUUGCUUUUCACCUCAGACUUGCAUAGGGAUGUGUUACUUGAAGUUUUGACUAAGGCUCGAAUCCCCAAGGACAUUUCGGUUGACAAUUUCUCGCACGUAGUCGGAAAUGUAUUAACCGCUAAACAAAUCACUUUUUUUGAUGAAGAGCUGCCUGCAGAAGGAAUUGGUCAUAACAAAGCUUUAUAUGUAGCCGUGAGGUGCAAUGGAAAAAUGUUACCUAAAGUACUGAUCGACAAUGGGUCUGCCCUUAAUAUUUGUCCUUGGAGCACGUUGGUGAAGUUAGGGCUGCAAGAUGUUAAAUUAAAACCCUCAAAGACCAUAGUUCGAGGAUUCGAUGGAGCCCAAAGGGAGUCCAUAGGAGAAGUAAAUUUGGUGGUCGAAAUGGGACCCGCUCAAUUUCAGAUUACCUGCCAAGUUAUGCACUUUCCCAGUGUCUAUAAUGUUUUACUCGGACGGCCGUGGAUUCAUAGCUCUGGUGCUGUGCCCUCUUCCCUGCAUCAAGUACUGAAAUUUGUGGUGAACGACCAGCUGAUAACCAUUUUUGCUAAGGAAGAUUGCAUUGUAAUGGCCGAUUCCGAGCCUGAGGAGGAUGGUAACCGAAAUGCCUCGGUGUCUUCCUACCGUACAGCUGAUAUUGUCUCCGUGAGUUAG